GUGUCUGCUGAGUCAGCACCUACUGUUCGGGAGCUGGAAAAGUGUGUAUCAUCGUAAACAGGUGUCAGUCUAGUCCACACCCGCUGUUGUGGAAUAAGGACACGUUUCGAAGUCAGCCGGGUGGCCUUCCAUCUUAGGAAGUUCAAAGAAUAUUCAAGGAAGUGUAGAUGUGUGUGUGUUAGUGUGAACGUCCCUGGACAUCACCCAGCCUCUAAAAAGGAGAUGGAAUAAUUUCACGGACCAUCUCGCUGACCCAGUGACCUGCGUUAGGAGUGAAGUGUGAAGUAGAACACGUGACGUCUUGUGAUUGAGAGUUGUAUACACUGGGAGAAAGUGCCGUCUGCUUACAUCGAGAGAAAAAAAACAGUUCUGAUCCAGUUCCCCUCUGCAAAGAGUGCACGGAGAAAAUAGGGUUUUGACAGCGACAGUUUGUGAUGGAGCUUUGUUUUGCCACGGAUUUUUCUCUGUUUCUACUCUUCCUUACAAUCUUCGGCAUCUUGGUGUAUUUAUACAGGACCUGGUCAUUCAGUGUCUGGAAAACACUAGGCGUUGAUGGACCCAAGCCAGCUCUAAUUAUUCGGUCACCAGCUGGAACUGAAUAAAGAAGGCAACGAGGUCAGCGUGAAGAAAUGGUCCGAGGUCUAACGGCCGAACAUUCGGAAUUUAUUCAGGUCCUCGACCACUGUUGGUGACCACUGAUCUUAACAUUUUAAAGGAAGUGCUUGUCAGAGAAUUCAACCAUUUUACGGACAGAUUUGACCCGUUCGAGUUUUUCCCAGAAGGACUUCGAAGCAAUUUGUUUAGUGCAGCAGGAGCAAGAUGGCACAGGGUCAGACAACUCAUGACCCCAACUUUCAGCAGUGGUAAAUUGAAAAUGAUGGACAGCUACGUUAACAGAUGCAGUGCUCAGCUCGCUAAAAAUAUGCAGAAGAUGAUCGCAAAUGGGGAAAGAAUUGAUGCCAAGAUAGUUUAUGGAGGCUUCGCCAUGGACGUGAUCGCCCAAACAGCAUUUGGAAUAGAAAUCAACUCCCAAGAGGACCUGAACCAUCCUUUUGUCAGGGACGCAAAGCUUCUCUUGUCUUUCGUCGCUUCUGACUCUUGGUACCGAGUGGCUCUGACAAUCCUGCCGAGUCUCAUGCCGAUUGUUACAUUCCUGGUCACCUAUAUUUACAAACAGCCGGGAUGGACGGGUUUCUCUGCGUAUGUUCAGCGCAUCAUACAGCAGAGAAAGUCCGAUGGAAAAAGUGCACAAAUGCACACAGAUUUCCUUCAGAUGAUUCUCGAUUAUGAGGAAAAUGAGAAGACAACAAAUGGGCGACUGAAAUCUUUAUCAGAAGCUGAAGUCAUUGGACAGGCGACUGUAAUCUUUCUUGGUGGGUACGAAACAACAUCCACCACCCUGCAGUUUCUGACGCAUAACCUGGCACUUUACCCUGAAAUACAGGAGAAGGUUGUGGAGGAGAUCAAAGUCCAGCUUGGUGAUGGUGAUGUUACCUAUGAAGGUGUGGCGAAGCUGAAAUAUCUGGACAGCGUCAUCAGCGAGACACUCCGAAUGUAUCCUCCUUUAAACAUAGUAAACAGACUGGCCUCGGAAACAGUGACAAUCAAAGGUGUGACAAUCCCCAAGGGCGCUGGAGUGUUGGUUCCUAUCGUCAACGUGCUGAAUGAUCCAGAAUAUUUCCCUGAACCUGAAAAGUUCAUUCCUGAACGCUUUUCUGAAGAAAAUAAAGGGAGCAGAAACCCUAUCGCCUUUCUGCCAUUUGGAUUCGGACCUCGUGUUUGCAUUGGCAUGCGCCUGGCUAUACUGGAGGUCAAGAUCGCCAUGGUUCACGUGCUCAGAAGAGUCAAAUUCAUCAAGACGGAUGAUUUGCAGGACAAGAUCAGGAUUUUGCCUGGAUCGCUGCUCAGUAGUCCAGAGAGGCCCAUCUUGAUCGAAGGUGUGCUGCGAGAGUGAAGCCUCGAUGGUGCAUGACACCUGUCUGACAGGUGUGACAGGGGAGUGAGCGGUGUUCAGUUCCAGGCCUGGCUGACUCAGAGUUGUGUUUUCACCAUACUCGAUCACUGCCUAAGUAUUCUUUAAAAUCGGUGAAUAAAAUGCGAAGCACACCACUGUUGAAUACUAUUUUGUAAAAAAAAAAAAAAGACGUAUACUUUAUAUUGCUUAUUUUAAUAUUCAGUGCAUGCAUAAUAGAAAAAUAAGUGCUUUCAAAGAUUGACAGUAAGAAACUGUUUUUUUUCAACAUAAACUUGAAGACAGGUUACAAAGUCAAAGCCUAAAAGAGUCUUUGGACCUUCACAUCUCGGUUUUACUGUUACUUUGAUCUUAGCAUUUCUCUGUUUAAGAACUAAAGAUUUUUGAAAUAUACUCUUUUCUAAAACAUAUUUGUAACUUGUCUGGCAGAGUCUUCUUAUGAGAAAUACAAGACUUUAGAAACAUUUUUUAUAUAUUUUAAAUAGAACAUGUAAAUUUACAGCAACAUAAUCACUAAAGAAAGUGUAAAUAUAUUACAUAUAUAUAUACUUUUAUUCACGACAUACAUAUACAAUGCAUACGUGUGUUACUACUUGAAAUACUUUUUUAUGUUUUUAUAUAUAUAAUAACAUAUUCUAUUAUAUUAUAUAUUUUAUGUAAUAUUUUCAUUGUAGAGUUAUAUUUAGCCUCCACUUCAAUAAAAGGCGAAAAUUUGUUUUAUUAGUUUACAAUAAUGGAAAUAAAUUUUUUCGAGAACGUCUUGAUAAUUUUUUUCUUGAACAUAAUGUGUAAGGGCUUUUUACCGUCGUGCGGUGUAGUCGCUUGUCAUACCUUUCUAGAAAAAAUAAUAGUGCAACCAGCAAAGAGUUCAGAAUUACAAAACAAAACCUAACGAUUCCCCCAUGCAAAGUCACACUGAAAAUAACACAGGAUUGCAUCAGCAUCAAUGUUGCUAGCGAAGAACAGCUUUACCUAAGAUCAGGUAGGAGUACUGUGUUGUGACUCACAGUCGUUAGCACUUCGAGCACGUGUGAAGAUUGUGGUAAUGUACCCUUGUGGGGAAUUCUGUGUGGAAGAUGGGUAACAGUUGCGUCAUAGCACGUGCUAUCUUCCCCCGAGCCCAAUGUUUCACAUUUGAUGAGAAAAAAAAAAACAGAAAAAUUGGAAAAAAAGCAAUAAGCUAAAGAUUACAAGGUACUUCCUGUAAGUUCGGCAUCACAUCUCGGCCCAGUGAACUGUGAAGUUGUGGACAUUGAUAAUGAUAAUCUCGCAGAUUUUUUUUGUCAGCGCUGCUUGUAUUGCAAAAAGUUUAUAGAACUGAAUAUUGCCUGUAUUUAUUUUCAUCUGUUUUGGUUGCCUAAUAUGACAUAUUAUUAUAAAUAAUUCAUUUACUAAUAACGUUUAUAUCUUAACUAGCAUUUAGUCACAUAGUGUUCGUUGUUUAACAUGCAGCAGGGGUGUCUCUCAAUAUGGCCUUGAUUGUAAUGACUUCUACUGGACGGCUUAUGAAUGAGCCAGGCUUGGUUCUCAGAUUUUCCUGUAGACAUGCACAAUAAACUAAUUCACUGGUUAUAAAUGAUAACUGUAGAUGUAAUGGUAACGUCUCCAGGGAAUAAGGUUGGUGACAUCAGCAGAAUACUGGGACGAUAUUGAGUAAUGUUGAUAAUAUGAAGGAAUGCUAUCACACGAAACUGCAAGAAGCUGAUCAUUAUUUCAGUUUAUUCACUGCAGCUCACAGCCGAUGCCAAAGCGAGUGAAACAUGGCGGCGUGGACUCCAGCCAACAGACUCAAACAGUUCACACUUCAAAUAACAUUAUAUACAGUAUGCAAACCAGAAAAGGAAGAAAACGCAUCAGAAGCACACGUAAACAUGAUGGUCCAACACUUUUAUCCAAAUCGAAGCAUGACCCCAAAAAUAAAUAAAAUCAAGGAGAGCUGAUCCGCUCAGACUGUUAGGUGAAUAGACAGAACUCUGACAACCUUUUACUUGUGACUCCCCACUCCCUGCAGACGAAAAAAGUACGUCUGUGCACCUCUCCUUAGCAGCUACUUUCACUACUACCGAUAUGAGACAUGAGAAAAAAAAACCCGAAAUGACAGUCUUCGCACCCCCUUGACAGCAUGUCGCCCUCUUUGUGGAGAAAGCACCCCACAGGUUGAGAACCGCGGUGAGUGAUUCAGAUAAAGGAGAUAAAUUCGCAAUCAAAAGAAGAAAGUCCAC